GGCACGGCAGCUUUCAACACACAGCAGACCCUCCCCAGCUCAAAUUUUGCACAGGGCAAAAACAGGGAGACGCAGCAGUGCGCAGGACCACUCCUCAGUUCCCCUAUCAGGAAUUCAGUGCAACAGAGAGGUAUAUAUCAGUAGGUAGGGCUGUAAGCAGAAAGAGUCCUCCUUUGGCAACAGUUGGAACAAAGCAACAGUUUAGCAUCCGGAACGACAACUGCUCUGCUAAAUCUCUUAACUGCAUCAUUUCAUGGUUAUCAGUUGUCUGCUGGAUCCCUUGACUGCAUCUUUUCACGGGCAUCAAUUACAAAUCUACUAUCGGGGUGAAAGAACCAGUUAAAGGCAGCAACCAUCGUGGCGCAAAGAUGUUACCAUUAAUACUUAGAGAGACAAUAGAAAAUGGGCGAGCAUGCAGAUCCUAAGCCAUCAGCUUAUCCCGAGUGCAUUUGAAAUUGGAUGCAAUCCUCUAAAAAUCACAAAUAAUGGCAAGACGAUAGGUUCUGCUUUAGAGGACUAUACCAUGCAAACUGAGACCUUUUGUUGUGCUAAAUGUUUGUAGGUGAAAGCCUUUCAAUUAUCUAAUUAUAUAUAAAAAAGACUGCAUAAAGAUACCCUUAUCAAGACUGAGGACUUAAUUUCUUCAACAUGCAUUUCCUUUUACUGGGUGUAUUAUUUUCUUUUUCUUUUGCUCGAGCAGGAUGCGAUCCCAAAAUCAUCAACGUAGGUGCGGUUCUGAGCACAAAGAAACAUGAACAAAUUUUUAGAGACGCUGUAAGUCAAGCAAAUAAGAAAAUCGGGAAUUGGAAAAUCCAGUUGAAUGCCACUUCUGUCACCCAUAAGCCUAACGCAAUUCAGAUGGCUCUGUCAGUGUGCGAGGACCUCAUCUCCAGUCAGGUCUAUGCAAUUUUGGUGAGUCAUCCACCUGCUCCAAAUGAUCACCUGACUCCAACACCUGUGUCAUACACCGCUGGCUUCUACAGGAUACCUGUCAUUGGAUUAACCACACGCAUGUCAAUAUACUCAGACAAGAGUAUCCACCUGUCAUUUUUGCGCACUGUGCCUCCAUAUUCCCAUCAAGCUCUUGUCUGGUUUGAGAUGAUGGAACUUUUUAGCUGGAACCACAUCGUCCUGAUUGUUAGUGAUGACCAUGAAGGACGUGCUGCUCAGAAGAAGCUCGAGACUCUCUUGGAAGAAAAAGAAAGCAAGGCUGAAAAGGUCAUCCAGUUUCACCCAGGAACCAAAAACAUGGCAUCAUUGCUACUUGAAGCUAAAGAGUUAGAAGCACGUGUUUUUAUCCUUUCAGCUAGUGAGGAUGAUGCGGCCACAGUCUACAGAGCAGCAGCAAUGUUAAAUAUGACAGGACGUGGCUACGUGUGGCUUGUGGGGGAACGUGAGAUCUCUGGCAAUGCCCUACGAUAUGCACCUGAUGGUGUAAUCGGUUUACAGCUGAUCAACGGGAAGAAUGAAUCUGCUCACAUCUUGGACUCAGUCUCAGUAGUCGCUUAUGCCGUGCAUGAACUGCUCGAGAAAGAAAACAUCACAGACCCACCAAAAGGCUGUGUCGGGAACACCAACAUCUGGAAAACAGGACCACUGUUCAAAAGAGUGCUGAUGUCAACGAAGUUUCCAGAGGGCGUAACUGGUCGAAUAGAGUUUAAUGAUGACGGGGACAGGAAGUAUGCCAAUUACAGUAUCAUGAAUCUACAAAACCGCAAGCUGGUACAAGUUGGUGUUUUCAAUGGCAGCCAUGUUUUACUACUUCCCGACAGGAAGAUAAUUUGGCCCGGUGGGGAGACAAGCAAACCUGUUGGAUACCAGAUGUCAACCAGGUUAAAGAUUGUUACGAUCCAUCAGGAACCAUUCAUUUAUGUCAGUCAAACACUUUCAGAUGGUACCUGCAAAGAAGACUACAGUGUAAAUGGAGAGCCAAUUCAAAAAGUAAUUUGUACUGGACCCAAUGAGACCAUACCAGGACGUCCUAUUGUCCCUCAGUGCUGUUUUGGAUUCUGCAUAGACCUACUAAUCAAGCUUGCAAAGAACAUGAACUUUACCUAUGAAGUUCACCUGGUAGCGGAUGGUAAAUUUGGCACACAAGAACGGGUAAACAACAGCAACAAAAAAGAGUGGAAUGGAAUGAUGGGAGAACUCCUGAGUGGUCUGGCCGAUAUGAUUGUAGCUCCUCUUACAAUUAAUAAUGAACGUGCACAAUAUAUAGAAUUCUCAAAGCCAUUCAAGUACCAGGGACUCACCAUUUUGGUUAAAAAGGUAGCAUUGAUGACGUUUUUAUUUGUUUGAUUUUUGUUUUGUUUUUUUAAGACUGAAG